AUGCUGAGGAAGGCAGGAGGUAACGUGUUGAAGGCCGCCCUGCGCGGGGGCCUGGCCUCGAGUGCGUCCGUUCAGCAGACUGCUGCUGGAGGGGCCUCCGGGACGGCCCUGCGGCUGGCCGCCACCCAGGCCAACGAGGGCGCUGAGGCUGCCGCUCAGGCGCGGCACAGGUGGGGCGAGACGCUCGGCGUGGCCGCCGCGGCGACGGCGGCGGGCGUCGCGGUCCUGGCGGGCCCCGCGGUGUUCGCGGACGAGGCCGAGCACGGGCUGGAGUCCCCCCCGUACGCGUGGAGCCACGCGGGCCUCUGGGACUCGUACGACGUCGCGGCGAUCCGCCGCGGGCACCAGGUGUACCAGCAGGUGUGCGCGGCCUGCCACAGCAUGGAGUACAUCCACUGGCGCGACCUGGUGGGCGUCGCGUACACCGAGGAGGAGGCCAAGGCGCUCGCGCAGGACGUCGAGGUCGAAGACGGACCCAACGACCAGGGCGAGAACUACUUCCGUCCGGGGCGUCUGUCGGACCCGCUCCCGAAGCCGUACAAGAACGAGGAGCACGCGCGCUACGCCAACGGCGGCGCGUACCCGCCGGACCUGUCCCUCAUCACCAAGGCCCGCCACGACGGCCAGAACUACGUCUUCUCGCUCCUCCUCGGCUACAGGGAGCCGCCCGAGGGCAUCUCGAUCCGGGAGGGUCUGUACUACAACCCGUACUUCCCGGGGGGCGCGAUCGCGAUGCCGAAGAUGCUGAACGACGAGGGCGUGGAGUACGACGACGGCACGCCCGCGACGGAGAGCCAGCAGGCCAAGGACGUGACGACGUUCCUGCAGUGGGCCGCGGAGCCGGAGCAGGACGAGCGGAAGCUGAUGGGGAUCAAGUGGAUGGUGGCCUUCAGCGUGGCGCUCGUGACGGCCGUGUACUACCGCCGGUGGAUGUGGGCGCCCAUCAAGACGCAGAAGGUCGUGCUCGACGUCGUGCGCUAG